AUGUCAGGUCUCCCCUCAAGCUUUGAUUCCAAGGAAGCAAGUGUUGAUGAAUUACCAUUUCUUGAGAAAGUCAAAUUCCACUGUAAACAACAGCCAUUAGUUCCCCUAGGGACACUCUUAACUACUGGUGCUGUUGCGCUUGCAGCUCAAAAUGUAAGAACUGGUAAUAAGAAGAAAGCCCAAGUUUGGUUCAGGUGGCGUGUUGGUCUACAAGCAGCUACCUUGGUAGCAUUGGUGGCAGGUUCAUUCAUCUAUGGUAGUUCAUUAAAGGAGAAGAAAUCCGAGGAGGAAAAGAUGAGAGAGAAGGCAAAGAUGAGAGAAUUGUUGUGGAUUCAAGAACUGGAAAGAAGAGAUCAAGAAACUCAGUAUAGAAGGAAGAGGGCAGAGUUAGCUCGUCAAAAGAUGCAAGAAAACGAGGCCGCGGUCUCGAGGCUGCAGAAAGAAUUGAAAGAUCUGGAGUCACACAUCAAGAACGAGAAAUAG